GAAACAUAGCCGCAUCCAGUGAACUCUUCCCGUCCUCCGGAGUUCGGUGCUCUUGUCCUACGAAAUCCAUGCCCCGUGACCGAGAGCAAUCCCUUUCGCCGUUUACUUUACUCCUAGCACCGCGUUUUUAGUCGCCUCAUUGACGCCUUGCGAGGGCAUGUGAUAUUCCGCCGGGGUAGGGGACUCGUAGCUCGAGCGGUUCCUCUUGAGUGCUCUUUCGACAUGUCGUCAAUGUUGGAGCACUUCGAGGACCUUUGCUUCAACACUCCGUACUGGGAGUACUGGGACCACGUAGUGCACUCGUCCUUUCCGCUCGUCUUGAGGCACUUGUACGAGCAUCACCUGGUCACGAUAUGCAGCUUGGCGUUGGUGGUCCUCGCCGUCGUCUUGGGCGUCGUACUCUUCUUUAGGAAAAUAAAAAGCAGAGUGGACAGGGUCAGGGCCCAGAUGCUAGGUUCGUCGAGGCCUCGGUUCCGCAAGAGGGACAAGGUGCUUUUCUACGGCCGGAAGAUGCUGAGGAAGGUAAACUUUCUGACAGACCAGGCUUCCAGUGGAAGGACCCGCUUGCGCAAGAGGCAGAUGGUCCUCCGCUUCGCCAAAAAGCUGCUGCGCCUGAAGCGGGAGCAGCCGCUCACCCUGCAGGUGAAGGAGCCUUCCCAGGCCUUCUUAGAGGAAGACUACACGGAGCAGAUGGAGAAGCGGCUGCCUCCAGAUGUCCUCUACAUGCUGCGCAGCGUCAGGGUGUUCGGUUUCUUCGAGAAGCCCGUCUUCAUGGAGCUGUGGAAGCACAUUGAGACCAUUUUCGUCCCGCGAGGUACCAUGCUCUUCUCCCUGGGAGACAGUGACGACAGCAUCUAUGUGGUGCAGUCGGGGCGAAUCCACGUGCACAUCGUGGAACCGGACGGCACGGAGCUGACCUUCAAGGAAGUGACGGCCGGGGAGAACAUUGCCAGUCUGCUCAGCGCUCUCGUGGUCUUGACGGGCGUCCCCUCCACCUUCAAGACUGUGGCCGCCCGUGCACUCGAAGACUCUUCAGUUCUCAGGCUACGGUACGACAACUUCAAGAUCCUGCUAACCAAAUACCCAGACUCCAUGGUGCGGCUGUGCCAGAUCGUCAUGAUCCGGCUGCACAGGGUCACCUUCACGGCCCUCCACAACUACCUGGGACUCACCACCCAGCUCAUGCGCACUACGGCACCGGCCAAGCGUGCCCCAAACCUGUCGCCCAAGUCUAGCCCGUCCCGGGCUUCGAGUCGCAAGACGAGCCAAGCCAGUGGCUUUGUGAUGGCCCCGGUGUCCAUGGCCAGCUUCCCCGGUGAGAUGGUGCACCACGAGGAUCCCCUCCACGAGUCUGCCAGCCUCCCCGACACGGGCUCCUUCCACCUCUCCGACGAGAUAACGGAAACCGAGAAGUACCCCAGCGAGGAGGUGUGUGGCUCCAUCUACAGGACGCAACCUCCGACAACCGCGGCGCCCGUGGGCCGCAAGACGUCGCUGUCCUCGGAAGGAACGUCUGCGCGCAAGCCUCCGCGCAAGACGUCCUUCUACCUCGGGGAGAGCGCCCGGGCCUCCUGCUCGUCUGCCCAGGAGUACCGGGACCACCUGGAGGAGGCUGUCCAGGGAUUCAUGGCCAGGCUGGACAUUCAGGACAGCGAGCUGAUCCGCACCAAGGUGCUGGUGAAGGAGCUGAUGCCCGGCGAGUACCUGAGCAAGGAGGAGUCCGGGGAGCCCGCCAGCCUCUGCUUUAUCCUGGCCGGCGCCAUCUCCGUGUCGCAGAAGACCACUGCCAAGGACACGGAUGACAUCCUGUACGUGGCCCACGUGGGGGACAUGACGGGUGCCCUGGAGGUGCUGACGGGCGAGUCGCCCAUCUUCACCCGGCGGGCCAAAAUGCCCACCCGGGUCGGCAUGAUCGCCUCUACCCACUGCUACGAGAUCCUUCGACUGAACCCCAACGCGGUGCUGCACAUUGCGAGGACCGUGAUAGAGCGCCUGUCGCCGUUUGUGCGCCAGAUUGACUUCGCCCUCGAGUGGAUGUACAUCGAGUCUGGUCGGGCCAUUUACAGGCAGGACGAGAAGGCGGAGUCCACCUGUAUCGUCCUGAGUGGGCGGCUGCGUUCGGUGCUGACACGGGCCGACGGCAAAAAGGAGAUGGUGGGAGAGUACGGCCGGGGCGACCUCGUUGGCGUGGUGGAGCUCUUGACAGGAGCCAAACGUGCCACCACUGUCAUGGCUGUCAGGGACACCGAACUGGCGAAGCUUCCAGAGGGGCUUUUGAAUGUGAUCAAGAUAAAGUAUCCCGUGGUGGUGACUCGCCUGAUUCACCUGCUGGGCCACAGACUUCUGGGCAGCCUGCAGAGGGGAGACAAGGUCACAGCUGCCUCGAUGAUCUCCCGGCCAUCGGGCUCCAACUUCACCACAAUUGCUGUCCUGGCUGUGAACGAAGACGUGCCCCUGUCGACCUUCACCCUCGAGCUGUGCCACGCCCUGCGCAGCAUCGGUUCUGUGUUCCGGCUGACCUCUGAGCUGAUCCGGCGGCAGCUGGGGCCUUCUGCCCUGGACACGGCCAACGAGUACCGGCUGUGCAACUGGCUGGGCCAGCAGGAGGACCGGCACAAGGUGCUGCUCUACCAAUGCGACAGCCACAUGAGCUCGUGGACCCAGCGCUGCAUCCGCCAGGCAGACUGCAUUCUCAUCGUGGCCCUGGCCGACCAGGAGCCUCUUGUGGGACAGCUGGAAAAGCAGGCAGAGAGCAUAGCGCACCGCACCCAGAAGGAGCUGGUACUGCUGCACCGGGAAGGGGCGGACAAGCCGCGCAACACGGUGGCCUGGCUCAACAUGCGCUCCUGGUGCUCCUCCCACCACCACAUGCGCUGCCCCAAGCGCAUGUUCACCCGACGCUCCCCGUCCAGGAUCCUGGAGGUGUACAAGAAGGUGGAGGAGGGUGUGGUGAAUGUGCACUCCGACUUUGCCCGCCUGGCCCGCUUCUUGACGGGCACCUCGAUUGGCCUGGUGCUGGGAGGGGGCGGUGCCAGGGGUUGUGCUCACGUGGGCAUGAUCCGGGCCAUCUACGAGGCGGGCAUCCCCAUUGACAUGGUGGGCGGAGUCAGCAUCGGAUCCCUCGUGGGGGCCCUCUGGUGCCAGGAGGUGAACGUCACCACCCUCGUCCAGAAGGGGCGCCACUGGUCCAAGAAAAUGACGUCACCAUGGAGACAGCUGUGGGAUCUCACUUACCCUAUUACUGCUUGGUUCACUGGGGCGGCCUUCAACCAGACCAUCUACGACCUCUUUGGCGAGCGUCAGGUGGAGGACCUGUGGCUGCCCUACUUCACUGUCACCACCGACAUCACCAGCAGCUGCAUGAGGAUCCACCGGCACGGGUCUCUGUGGCGGUACAUUCGGGCGAGCAUGUCUCUGUCGGGCUACAUGCCUCCCAUGUGCGACCCCAUGGACGGACACUUGCUCCUGGACGGAGGAUACGUCAACAACCUGCCAGCGGACAUAAUGCGCGAGAUGAUGGGGGCGGAGACGAUCAUAGCGGUGGACGUGGGCAGCCAGGACGAGACGGACCUGACCAACUACGGAGACUCCCUGAGCGGCUGGUGGCUGCUCUUCAAGCGCUGGAACCCCCUCGCCAAGUCAGUCAAGAUCCCGAGCCUGCCGGAGAUCCAGUCGCGGCUGGCAUACGUGAGCUGUGUGCGUCAGCUGGAGGAGGUCAAGUCAAGCGACUACUGCCAGUAUGUGCGGCCGCCCAUUGACCGCUACAAGACGCUCCAGUUCGGCUCCUUCAACGAGAUCAUGGAGGUGGGCUACGUGCACGGCCGCACCCUCUUUGCCGGCAUGAAGGCCGGCCAGCACACCCUGCGCUCGGUGCUCAACCUCGAUGGAACCAGCACCGUCCAGGCCGGUAAAGAGGGCCGACCUACGACGUUCACGGACUUGGCCGAGAUGGUGUGCGCCAUCAAGCAACCUUACAAGGGGCAGCCUUCCUAUCCAGGCUCAGACGAGGAGGAUGACUACGAUUACAGCGAACAAGAAUUUGUCACGGACACCGACAAGGACGAAGAGAUGGAAGAGCUCUUGAACGCAAAUAGCCCUAACGACGCUGUCCUGGCUCAAUCCUGAAGGCAGCUUGGCCCGACACCAUAGAACAAGCCAUAUCACAGCAUGCCACGAGGCUCGCCAGAGACCCCGGGAGACUCAGUAGUCAGUGACUAAGUGCACCCCGAUUUGCCGUCUGCAGGGUCAUAUACUAAGCCCCGUGCAUGUACAGAACCUAGUCAGAAGUCAAAGUGAUGACUCUUUGCACGUCUGCGAGACAGUGCUACUAUUUAUAAUGGCUACUCCUGCGUUUUUCACAUUUGUAAAUAUAGACGGUGGUGCGCCAAGCCAGAAUCGAGCUUGUGCGUGUCAAUGCAAUUGCUCUGCAGCAGUGGCGGUCUCAAUUCUAUUUUCAUAGGUAUGCGUUUUGCUCUUUGCCUUUUAUGCGCAGAAUAAAGGCCCGAUUAUUGUUUUCCUA